AUUCAGAUAUUAAUGAAACACUUAUAAUGGUAAUAAUCAUAAGAAAUAGAUUAAUAUUACUGAGGUCAAUAAGUGUUAAUUAAAUGUAAAAUAAAUCAAUGUGUGUAAUGCAACCAAAGAAAAAAUACAGCCCACAUACUUAGCUUAUUUGGCAGGCACUUUCAUCCAAAGUGAAAAUAACACUGUUGUCAUUUAGUUAUUAUUUAGCAUGUUGAAAAAUAAUAUUAACAAAAUACCCAAAGUACUAGGCCUGGAAAAUACAGCGCGUGUGAACGGACGAGCCUACAAAUCCCAGCUGUCUACAAAUAACUUCCGGGUUUGAACGCUUCAAAGGUUGCUGAUUGGUGGAGCGCGGAGAGCGGAAGUAGCGUUGGUAGGGUUUGUUUAUACGCAAGGCAGCUAGCGGUAAUUGAACAAAUCUGAAUUUGUGAGAUAUGGACGCGUUACAAAGGCAUAGGUCUCUGUAUAAGAGCACAACUCCACCAUGGAAGGAAACAUACAGAAAGCGUUGUGUGGAAAGGUUGAAGAACAGCCGCUCGAGGUUAUUGGAGAAGUACCGUCAGAUGAGAGACCCCACAAAGAGCUCUCUGCUCGUCCAGGAAGUGAUGGAGGUGGAGUGGAGCGCCUUGCAGUCCGCCAACCAAAGACUGCCUUCGUUGUGGAAGAAAGAUGGCGUGAGUGAUAUGUACAGAGACGUGCAGGAACAUGAUGAAUUGGCUGUUCUAGAGGAAAUCCAACAGGAACUCAUAUCUCAAGAGCUUUCGAUCAUUGAGGAAUACCACAAAAGCCAGCAGUAUGAAGAAUUGUACCUCGACUCUAUUGUGGAUGGAAUGGAGGAAGACGGAAAGCUUAUCUGCCCCGUAUGUCAUGCGAAUAACCUGACGGUGAACAGCCAUUUUACAUCAUGUCCAUGUGGCCUUUAUAUCAACACAGUGGUGCUGUGUGGAUUGUGUGUUUUAGGCAAUAACAGGAUUUGUUCACUAGUCGGUAUGUCCGAACCAAUUUCAAUGUUCUUACAGGGAAGAAAUAUAACAGCAGAUGUGCUCCAGCAUCUGCUUGAGUUGAGAGUCACAGAACAUCUGGAAUACUGCCUCCAGAACCCCAUAUUCUCAGUAGCCUCAAGUGUGGAUGGAGGACCCAACCUUAUGAUGAGCUGCAGGGUGUGUGAUUAUCUCACCAUUGUUCUGUGAGUGACUCCGGUACAAGGGCCAUUGUUUGCUUUUUCAGUGUUUUGUAUUUUAUUUCUGUGAAAUAAAGAGACUACUUAUUUAACUUUA